AUGAAUAACACAGAAUCAAAUACAACAACAGCACGUUAUACGAAGAAUCCACUCUCGGCAAAUGAACACUCAGCUGAUGAGACAGUUGUACAACAGUCAGUAGAUCCACCUCCAGCAUAUGCAGACAAUGCGAAAAAUGACCCUUCGAAACAGAAUCAAGCUGUACCGCCGGUGACACCACCAGUGACACAAAUAAUAACUGUUAUGCAACCAAAGUUAGGCAGUUUACCUGUUCAAUGUACAUGUUCAAAAUGUCAUCAAAGCAUUGUGUCACGUACCGAACUUUCAAAUGGUUUGGCAGUGUGGGUAGCUUGUUUAGCGCUCGUAGUUGUCGGCUGCUGGCUUGGAUGUUGCCUCAUUCCAUUCUGUGUCGAUGAUUUGAAGGAUGUAACGCACUGCUGCCCAAACUGUAACACAGUGUUGGGUAUAAAGAAAAGAUUCUGA